AUGAAUGUUGUCCUAGUUUUUAUAAGUUGUCUUCCCAACUUGGUUGUGCCUACGAUGUUGUCAUCGUUUAUGUCCUUCUAUGUUCUAGCGGUCAUGUUUUAUAAUGGAACUGCAAAUAAAACAUUCUUACUGCUGUGUUGCAUGGCGCUGUUCCUAAUUUGGUGUUACGUGUUGGUAUCUCUCUUUCGGCAUUGUGCAGAAUUGUUUAUGUUAGAUUAUUACUAUGAAAGGGAACAAAUGGGAGACAUUGAGUCUCUUCCAAAUGCAAGGGCUCGAGUUGCCAUUGCCAGAAUAAGGGCUAACAGGGAACAUUGGCAAACCAUACAACUACAUCCUUUUCCCUGCGAAACACGAACUACUGCUAGGUUAGCCAUCAGAGCCUUGCCUCCUGCUGUAUCUUUUCGUGAUGAUCAAACCAGUGAAUCUCUACAUGAUUGUUCUAUUUGCUUGGAAAAAUUUAUGAAUGGAGACUCCAUUCAACCAUUUGGAGUGUGUGUCCAUCAAUUCCAUUCCUCCUGCCUCAACUUGUGGUUGCUCAGAGGAAAAUCUUCAUGUCCACUCUGUCGUAUGGAGUUGCCAAUUCCUACCUACUCAUCAUGA